AUGGAGGCUCCCACGUACGAGGCUUCGAGUAGCCCCAACGGACGCCAUGAAAAGGAAGGAGGCAUCCUUUCGACUAUCGAUGUCGACCACGAUUUUGGAGCCGACACCGACCUCCACCGCUCCCUGAGCACCCGCCAUCUCACCAUGAUUGCGCUGGGCUCGUCAAUUGGUAUGGGAUUAUGGCUGGGAAGUGGUACCUCGCUGGUCAACGGUGGUCCUGCCGCCAUCUUCAUCGGAUACCUGCUGAGUGGGACGAUGAUCUGGGCUGUUUCGCAUUCCAUCGGUGAGAUGGCCGUUGUCUAUCCACUUCCCUCGGCCUUUGUGCAGUGGUCAUCCAUCUUUAUCAGUGAGCCGGCUGGAUUCACACUGGGUUGGAGCUAUUGGUUUCAAUUCUUCAUUACCUUGGCCAAUGAACUGCAGGGUGUGGUCACUGUGCUCAACUUUUGGACCGACAAAGUGCCGACGGCUGCGUGGAUCAGUAUCUUCUGGGUAGUCAUCGUCUUGAUCAACGUCUGGGCUGUCAAGUUCUUCGGCGAAGUCGAGGUCGCUGCCUCGUCAAUCAAGUUUUCCUGGAUCAUCAUCGUCAUCAUCUCUUUGAUCGUUGUCUCUGCUGGAGGUGCCCCCGGUGAAGGCCCCAUUGGCUUCCGCUACUGGAACGCCGAACCGUUCACCCACGGCUUCAAGGGCUUCCUCUCCGUCAUGCCGACCUGCAUUUUCGCCAUGUCGGGAUCCGAAAACACUGCGCUGGUGGCCGCCGAGACUAAUAACCCCCGCAAGUCGGUGCCUCGCGCCGUCGGGUCGAUCUGGCUGCGUCUCUCGCUCUUCUAUAUCUUGGGCUCGUUGAUGGUCACCAUCACCGUCGAUCCCAAGGACCCAAACCUGUUCGGUGCAUCCGGCACCAACGCCUCUCCCUUCGUCAUUGCCUACCGUAAUGCGGGACUUGUACCGCUGGCGCACAUCAUGAACGCGGUCGUUUUCAUUUCGGUGGUCUCGACGGGAAGCAUCCAGGUGUAUGCCGGCUCUCGCACGCUGAUGGGUCUUGCGCAUCUAAAAAUGGCACCAAAGUUCUUCGGCAAAGCGGACAAAGUCGGCCGUCCCGUCGCCGGUCUGGCCCUCACCCUAGUCAUCGGCGGCGGGCUGGCCUACCUGAACGUCAACAACAGCGGCGCCGAGGUCUUCACCUGGUUCUCCAACCUCACUUCCCUCCUUACCCUCUUCGGCUGGGGCAUGAUCUGCCUGUCGCAUCUCCGCAUGCGCUACGCCUGGAAAGUCCAGGGCCGGUCGCCGUCAGAGCUGCCGUGGAAAUCCUGGACGUACCCCAUCGGCGCCAUCUGGGGCCUCUUCUGGUGUGUGUUGCUUAUCAUCGUCGAGUUCUAUCUCAGUGUGUGGCCGCUUGGCGGGAAGCCGACGGCGAAAGGGUUCUUCGCGAACUAUGUCAGUGUGGUGGCGAUUAUUGUCAUCUACAUUGGAUCCAUGAUUUAUUACAAGGGGCCGCUUCUGAAUGAUGCGAGAAGCAUUGAUCUGGAUCAGUUCCGUCGGUUCUAUGUUGAUCCCCGGGAUGAGGAGGCCAAGGCUGAGAAGACGGGGGUGAAGAAGUACCUGUCCAAGGGGAUUGGAUUUGUGUUCAACUAG